UCUCCUGCAAGCCUCGUCUCCAUCUCUUCCUUCUUCUGCAAGCUUGCGGGUAGCACGACCCGGAGGCGGCGAUGGCGGAGGAGGAGGCGGCGGCGCCGGACCUGAGGCUGCAGUUCCAGGACGGCCAGGUGUACCUCGCGGACACCAGCAUCACGGAGCAGCUCCCCAUGGGGUACCCGGUCGACGCCCCCUUCAUCCGCUCCGAGCGCAUCUUCGGCCUCCUCGACGACUACAGGCGGGUCCACGCGCAGUACGAGCGGGGCGACGACGACGCCGUGCCGGACAUCGCCGCGUGGGGCCUCGAGUUCAUGGAGAAGGUGGUCACCGACACCGACACGCUCCAUGACCUCUUCCUGGCUGCGUGGACGCUGGGAAUCUACGGGCUGAGAGACCUGUGUGCGCAGAUGACGGCGGACCUGGUGAAGGGACGCACCGUGGGGGAGGUCAAGCAGCUCCUCGGCAUCACCGAUGUCGGCAUGACGCCGGAUGAGGAGCAAGAGCUCCAGCGCAACAACCAAGACAUCCUCCGCCUCCGCUAACUACCUUCCUUCCUGAUGAUAACCAUCGCUAGCAUUUUGGUUAUUCCAUCUCGCCUAUUGUGAUACUUGGAGUUUGAGGUGGUAUUGGUUCUCAAUGUGGUGUAGAUAGAUAGAUUAGCCACAUCGUAUGCUGCUGAACUACGAAUUCUGAGAGAAGUUUGGCGAAAUUAUGAGAGAAGUUUGGCCCUGAUGGUGCCAGUGCAUGCCAACUUGGCUAUUAAUGGAUAAUCCAAUUGGUCGUAUUUUGAUGCUACUGGGGUACAGUACUGGUAGUUAAUAGAGAUACUGGUUAUACCUUUCCUCUGGAUUUUUAUUUUAACA